AGUUCCUGCCUGGCGCCGCAGCUGCCACGCAACCUCGUUCGUCGUCGUCGCGGCGGCUCCCUAUUUCCAUUUCCACCUAUUUCCACCUAUUUCCCUUCCUCUCUUGCUCGCGUGGCCAUGGAACCCACUCAGGAGGAAGCCAAGAGAGAGGUAGAAUCUGCGGAGGAGCAGGAAAACUAAUCACAAAAAAAGAAAGGAUUGGAAAGGAAAGGAAAGGAAACAUAAAAAGGCAUAGAAAUAUACAAUAGGAGAAAAUAGAAGGACAAGAGGCAGCGGAAACAAUGGCUGGAGAAGAGAAACAGCGCGAGACAGAAGUCAAAGGCGAAGAGCCAAAGGAACUGACAGUUGAUAAACCAAAGGCAGAAGCACCUACCACAGAGGAACCCACCAAAGAGGAGGCAGGCGAGCAGACCCCAGAGAAGGUUCAGGCUGAGGAACCGGCGCCUGCAAAGGCCGAACAGCAGGAAGCAGAGGAGGAGGAGGAGGGUCAAAAUGACAAUGAGGAGGAAGAGGAGGAGGAAGAGGAGGUGGAGGAUGUAUUUGGGGCUCUUUCAACCUUCUCUGCAGAGAUGUUCGCAGCUCUGGGGUCGCCUGCAGAGCCCUUGCCCCCAGAGGAGAGGCAGCCACGACCCCUGGCACUUAACGGCCACGACCCCUUACACACCACCAGGCUGUUACAGGACCUGAUUACUUAUGACGAUGAGGAACCAGAUGUAACCUAUGGCCUGGGCCCCCUUGACAACCAUGGCCGAUUAGCUGCUGUCUCCCACUUGCUGGCAGCUUUGGUGACGACACUUGACCCGCAGCAUCUUAGGCGGCUUGCAACUAGGGUCAUGUCAGACUCCUGCUUGUGGGUCUCCAGAUUAUUCAGAUACUUUGACUCGACAGCAUAUAUCCACGAGGAUGUGCGUGAGGGUGUGGUGCGUGUAUGCCGCAUGCUGCUCCAUACGCGCUACCCCAAGUAUGCAGCAGAUGGCUACGAGGCACUUUAUGCCAGACCUCCAGUUAUCUACACCAGCAGCACUGUCAGACCUGGGUUGCCUCAACACAUUGCAGCCAUGCUUGGUUUGGGGUCUGGCUGUGUGCGAGUUGUUCCCUGCAAUACAGUUGUGGGGUCACCAGUUGCCAUGGACACAGCAGCCCUUGAUCGCAUGAUGGCAGAAGAUUUGGCAGCACAAAAGAAGCCUCUGCUUGUCAUUGCAAAUGUUGGUGGUGGAGCCGUAGGAGGUGUAGACAAUGUCGGCCGCAUCCAAGAACUGUGCAACACACAUGAGGCUUGGCUUCAUGUAGAGGGGCAUGCUCUGGCAGCACUUACACUGCCCAAUGCACCUAAUUUGCCUGCAAAAGUAGCUGACAGCAUGACCUUGCCUCUUUCCCUGUGGCUCGGGAUUCCCUCACUCCCAUAUGUUACCCUAUACAAAGCCUAUGAGACCUCGGCCGUUCAUGCAGCGGGUCUGACGGCACUCAGCCUGCACGUGCGAUUGUCGUGUCUUCCUCUCUGGACCACAUUACAGACCUUAGGCCAGACUGGAGUGAUAUCGCGGUUCCAGCACGCCUUUGAGCUUAGCCAGUAUCUGCAGCAGCAUCUCGCCACUUUACCACGGAUUCGCCUCUUUAGUCCAGUUCCCCCCGAGGGCACAGCAAUCACCAUUCAGGAUCUAGUCACCAAGCCCGUCAGCACUGCACAACUCCUAGAAACAGUGAGUGGGUCGGUUGUGUUCCAGUACGUUGAUGAGACAAACACAGGUGGCAAGAAUUCUGAGUAUUACGACAAUUUGAAUUCAUGGCUGGGGCAGGUUGUCCGACGUGAUCUAGGCAGCAUCCCCCUAGAGCUGGUGCAGCUGGAUACGGCUGGCCUUGUCCUGCGCUGGAGCCCCAUGGAAGGGCCUGAGACCUAUCACAUCACUCUCGCACAUGUUGAUCACCUCAUUCACUCCCUUCACCAUCAGCUAGACAUCCUCAAUGCCACUGUCAAGCAGCGCAAGGCCUUCACAGAGCUAGUGUCAUCUGCGAGUAACCUGCAGCUGGCUGAGAUCCCUGGCUGGGCUGGCCUAGGGGGUGUGCGCUACAUCCCAGACAUCUGGCUGGCACAGGAGGUGCUAGCAGACUCCGCAAAGGAGGACAUCAAUGCACUCAACGUCCAUCUAGUCUCCCAGCUCAAGGCCACUGAUUCAGCAUUCUCUCUUGGUGAAGCUGCAGAUGGAGUCAAUUGUGUGCGGUUCGGAAUGGUUACUGCAGAGACGGACAUCUCUGAGCUCCUAUCCCUUGUGAUCUCAACGGGUAGGGAGAUUGAAACGUCCUCCAAGUUCUUGGAUCAGAUGACAGACAUCGUGAGAAAAGGUAUUGAGGCAGCAACAGAAGACCUGAAGCGUGAGAAUGAUGAAAGGCUGUGGCAGGAAGGUAUCCUCCGCCAUGUGCCCAUAGUUGGUUCUGUUUACAAUUGGUUCUCACCACCACCGCCUCCAGGGAUCAAGGGACGUACGCUAGACCUGACUGCAGGAGUCUUAGAGAGUACAGAGAAUAUUUACCGAUAUCACAUGCAGAUCCGACAUGGCACGGCGCCAACACGCUCGGAGACAAAGCUUCCUCCAGCGCCAUCUGUACAGACCCCAGUGACGCCCUCAGCCUCUUCCCCAUCACACUCACGGUCAAGCUCCACCACCUCCGCCUUGGCCCCUGGCUCCACCCACUCGCGGCAGGCAUCUGAUCAGCCCGCUGUCACGCCAGACUCGAAGACAGAGCAAGGCGUGCCACCUGUUGCGGCGAAUGGCAUUAUGCCAUCAGCAUAGAGUUAGCUUUAAAGCCUGAGGUAGAACUGUAGUAUUUAAUUAUUGCUAAUUAUAAUGAUUAAUAACAAGAUUAUUCAUGGUCAUCCUUGACCAUUUCAUUAAU